AUGGCGGCGGUGGAGGUGGACCUGGGCUACCUGUCCGCGCAUGCCGGCGUGCCAGAGGCCGACCUGAACACAAUUGUCACUGCGCCGACCGUCGACAUCGUGACGUCUGUGCUGGCGGCAAUUGUUACGAAACUGCGUGACCUUGAACAAGAGAAGUUUCAACUUGGCGUUGAACUUGAGGGCGCGUUCAGAGGCGCAGAAUCGCGAUGCGAACAGUUCAAGGCAACCGCAGAUAAGGCGCUCAAGGAGCUCCAAACUCUCAAGUCCUCAAAGACGACAUCGGUUUCGGAGAUUGAGACACUUCGCGCGCGAAUUACCUCCCUCGAGACUUCCAACCGUGAGACCCUGGCGAUCGUCGACUCCAAGACGACCGCAAAUGCCAGCCUCUCCGAAGAACUCCAGAAACAACACCAGAAAAUUCUGAAGCUCAAUCAGGAGAUCACCGCCCUGAAUCAGUCAGUCCAGACGGCGCAGACAGCGGCGAAUUCGGCAAAGUAUCGCGAGGAGGCGCUCAAGCAGGAGCUCGACCUCGCGAAGAAGAACAACGACUGGUACGACGCCGAAUUAAAGACAAAGACGGCCGAGAACCUCAAGAUUCGGAAAGAGAAGGGCGCCAAAAUUGCCGAGCUGCAACGCCAGAACGAGGAUGCCUUGUCGAACAUCGAGUCGCUUACGCGGACCGAGCAGCAACUUCGAAAGAGAUUGGAGGAGGCCCAGUCCAAGGCGGAGGAGUCGCUUACCAAGGUGCAACAGCUGCAAGAAUCUGCCGCCCGCGCUGAAGAGAGCUUCAGGCAAGAGUUGGAGUCGUCAAAACGCCUAGUUCAGCUGAAGGAUGAGCAGUCCCAAACUCAUCGCAACCGCCUCAGGGAGGUUGAGCUUCGGCUCGAGCAAGUAAAAGACGAUGCUGCUGAAGAGGUUCGGCGAGUGCGGCGCGAGUUGGAGAAAGAGAAGGAGGAGCACGCUCGGACUGAACAGCAGGCUCAGGAACUGCAGGCCGAUGUGGACCGGCUGAGGGCCCUCGUUGACUCCCACGAUGGCGGGCCCGGCUCGGGACCACAGACUCCGCGGGCUAACGGCUCCUUCCUGGGCCGGCCAGGCUCUCCAUUCGGCACCCCUGCAUCGAUACGCGGAAAGGCGACGCAGCGCGCCACGGAAACCCUUGAGGAGCUCCUCAAGGUCAAGGCGCAGCUCACUGGGGAACAGCGCCGGAAUCAGAAGCUGCAAGAAGAUCUGGACGAUGCCGUGACCAUGUUGGAGGCCAAGCUACCUGAGCUUGAGGAGUACCAAGCCGAGAACGAGCGCCUCACGAACGAAAACAUCCAGAUGUCAGAACUUGCGCAGCAGUCUUACGAGCAGCGAGAUUCAGCCGUCAAGGCUCUCCGCAAGGCUGAGGGUGCUGCCGCCGCCGCUCAGGCUGAAAUCAGGGUCCUGCAGACUCAGUUGCGCGAUCUCAGCACGCAGAUACACGUCCUCAUCUUCAACAUUCAUGCCCAAGAGAAGGGCAUGGAUCAUCUUACCGAUGAGGAGGUGGAACAGUUCGAGCGCCUUCAGCGCGGCGAGGUCGCCGAGAACGCCUUGGACGACAUGUCGGACACCCAUAGAUUCAUCACCGAAAGAUUCACCGCGUUCAAGAACAUCUUCGAGUUGCAGCAAAAGAACGAAGAGCUUCUGAAGCUUACCCGGGAGCUCGCUACUAAGAUGGAGAAUGAAGAAGCUUUGGCUGCCAAGCAACAAGCCGCCGAGGACCACGAAGAAGUCCAGCAACUCCGGGGUACGGUAUCGGCGUUGCAGGACGAGGUUCAAUCUAUUACCGUCCGCAUGAAGAGCUACAUGACGGAGCGCGACAUGUUCCGCCGUAUGCUCCAACAAAAGGUGACACCUGCCGAGAUUCAGCAAGCUCUCGGCCUUCCUCGGGAAGGUGGGCAGCGCGAAGUGCUCGCUAGCAUCGAGCAGGGCCCGCAAGUCGACGAAGCCAACCUUACUGCAGCGCUGAGAGAACUGCAAGCACAGUUCGAUUCCUACCGGAACGACCAAGCCGCAGACAGGAACGCCAUGAAGGACCAGAUCGGGAAACUGUCGUCUGAGAAGGGCUCUCUUCAGAGCGAGGUAUCGCGCCUUUCCAGUCAGCUCACCCUUGCGACGGAGCGCUACCACAUGCUCGAGUCGAACUUCAAGGCUCUUCAGAGCGAGAAGCUCGAGCUGCAGAAGAGAAACCAGUCCCUGUCUGAGUCUGCAGCCAAGCAAGACAUGCGGACCCAACAGGUCGCGGAGGACCUCGUCGAGGCUCGCGGUUUGGUCGAGAGCCUCAGGAGUGAGAAUGCUAACCUCCGCGCGGAGAAGACGUUGUGGAAGACGAUCCAAGAGCGCCUCAGCCAGGAUAAUGAGAGUCUUGCACAGGAGAAGACUCGGCUCAACGGCCUGCUCUCGAGCCAACAAUCUCUGCUCAACGAACGUGAGCUCUCGGAAUCGGAAACCAAGCGCAGGUUGCAGGCCCAAGUCGAUUCCUUGGACAGCGAACUCGCGUCGACCAAACGCAAGCUCUCCGAGGAGAUGGAAGAGAGCAAGAAGCUUCAACUGCGCAAAGAGUUCGAUGCGCAGCAGUUCCAGAAGCGCAUCGACGAACUCACUUCCAUGCUUGGCCAGAUCAAGGAAGAAAAUGUGCAGGUCAAGACGACGCGCGACCAUCUGCAGGCCCGCGUGGGUGAGUUGGAGAUCGAACUUCGGAACUCACAGGAGCGCGCCGAGCGUCUCCGGCCCAUUCCAACGCCGAGACCCGGCGCCUUCAGUGAGCAGCGGAGCGAUGACGAGUCUCGAGCUCGGGUAGAAGAGCUGGAGAACGAAGUUCAGGAGCUCAAAAACAGCCUUGACCUGGCCAAUGUCCAGCUGGAGAACGCGAAGCAGCAGGCUGAGCAGUUCAAACAGCUCAGCAAAGACUUGGAGGAGGAACUUUCAAGCCUGAACGAGUCCCACAACCAGUACCGCGAAGAGAUGGACGCGGCUCUCGAAGCCAAGACUGGCUCUGUCAACGAGCUUCAACAACGCUUUGAUGAGAAGGAGCGCAUGCUUCAGAGUGAGAUUGCUCGCCUGAAGGAUGAGGAAGAGCGCUACAAGGAAACGGCUCGGUUCCAUCAGCAGGACCUGCGCGCGCAGGCAGAAAUCGCCACCAAGGCUCAGCAGGACUACGAGCAGGAACUUGUCAGGCACGCGGAAGCAGCCAAGCUCCUGCAGCAGCUUCGCUCUGAGCACAACGAACUUAAGACGCAGUCGGCCGCGUGGCGGGCCGAAGCAGAAUCCGCCAGACUUGCUCUGGCUCAGAGUGAACAGUCCUGGGAGGAGCGCAGGCAGCAGCUCGAGCAGGAGAUCUCGGAGAUCAAGGCAAGGCGUGAAGACGCUGCGGCACAAAAUAAACUCCUGCACCAGCAACUUGACAGCGUCACCGGUCAGAUCGCAGCCCUGCAGCAGCACCGGGCGCAAACGGGUGAUGAGGGCCCGUCGCCGACCGUUGCGGACACUGCGACUGAGGGCCUACGUGAGCUCAACAACUACCUGCGCCGGGAGAAGGAAAUUCUUGAGGUGCAGUAUGACAUCAAGCUCCAGGAAGCGAAGCGGCUCCAACAGCAACUCGAGUACUCGCAAUCUCAACUGGACGAGGCACGUCUCAAACUCGACCAGGAGCGCAGGGCACAUGCCGACAGCUCGCGCAGCUCCCUUACCCACAAGGAGCUCAUGGACAAGCUCAACGAGCUCAACCUCAUUCGUGAGAGCAACGUUACGCUGCGGAAUGAGAACCAGCGUGCUCAGGCACAGCUUGAAGAGAAGUCUCGGAAGAUUGCGGAGCUGGAGGGCAAGAUCCAGCCUCUAGAGGCUCGCAUCUCGGAGCUCGAGCUUGACAAGGGCUUCAAGGAGCAGGAGAUUAAGCAGCUGCAGGAGGCUCGGGAAGGCCUACAGAAGAGAAUCGAGUCGAUCCUUAGUAAGUACGGCCAGGUUGAUCCCCAAGAAGCCGAGCAGCUUCGGACCACGAUCUCGGGUCUGGAGAGCGAACGGGACGCGCUCAAAGAGUCUGAGCAGACUCUCCAGCAGAAGGUCAAGGAGGCCGAGGAAGCCCUGGAGACGAAGACCAAUGAGUGGAAGGCCACCAAGGAGAAGCUGGCCGAGGACUUCAAGGGACGGUGGAGGACAGUGAAGGCUCAGCGCGACGAGGCUAUUGCCGAGAAGAAUGCUCUCCAGAGCACCCUUGACUCGGUCAAUGAGCGGCUGUCCGGAUUGGAGAAGGAGCUGGAAACAUCCAAGCUGGAGUUGGCAGAGCUUACCGGGAGGAACCAGCUGCUUGAACAACAGGCCGCGACUCCACCCCCGGCGGCUGAGGCACCUUCCGCGACUGCGGAUCUCGACCAGGUUGUCUCUCUUACGCAGCAGCUGGAGAGCGUAAGACAGGAGCUGGAGGCUGUCUCAUCCGAAAAGGCGGCAGCGGAGAGUCAGAUCGCCCAGCUGAAGGAGGAAUUGGCAACAGCCAUUGCUGAGCGCGACCAGGCUCUGGCACAGGCUGCAGAAGCGGUAAAUGCUGGUGAGGUUGUCAUGGCAGAUGCUGCUCCCGCACCGCCUCAGCCUCCCGCUGGUCUUUCGGACGACGAGCGGAAGGCUCUCGAGGAGAGAAUCGCGGCCGCCGAAGCCAAGGCGGCGGAAUUUGAGCAGAAGGCCAGGGAGCUCGAGGAGCAGUCGGACAGCAUCGUGAAGCAGCGAUCCGAGAAGAUGAAGAACGCUCUUAAUAAGAAGCUGGCAGAGUCUAAAGAGGCUAUGGAGAAGCAGGCCCAGGAGGAUCGGGUAAAGAUGCAGCAAGAGUUCGAUCUCAAGCUGCAGCAGGAGCUGGCCAUCAUCAAGGCCGAACAGCAGACGGCAGCGCCUCAGAACGGCGUGCCUUCAACUCCCGCCAAGCCCUCCAACGAUACCGAGGCACCACAGACUCCGGCCGUCGAUCUCAGCGCUAUGAAUGAUAUUCAGGUCCGCGAGCUUGUCGCCACCAACCCUACCGUCUCCAGCAUCGUGAAGGCCAACGUCAAGAGGAUGGUUGCGGCUGAAACGAAGAAGGUCAAGGAAGAGACCGAGGCCACGAUGAAGGCCGAGUACGAACAAAAGAUUGCCAACGCAAGGGAGCAGGCGUCCGCCUUGACCGAGAAGAAGUCGGCGCUGCGUAUCAACAUGCUCGACCGACAGAACAAGACGGCCCAAGCUAAGAUCGCUAUCGUCGAGACGGCAGCCAAGGAGACGCCCCAGAAGCCGGUGGUCGAGGUCUGGAACAUCGCUAAGGACGCGAAGCCUCCUGCCCCUCCCGCGGCGCCAGCGCAGGCGAAUGCUGCUGCCGCAGCUGCCACUCCCGCAGUUGCCUCUACUCCUCCUACUCCCGCUCCUACAGGCCAGGCUGCUCCUUCAGGUAUGUUGUCGUCGAGCGCACAAUCCAAGCCGUCUCCACAUUCCCAUGCUAAUACAAGUCCCUUGAUAGUUACUCCUGGCAAAGACGAAGCGAAACCCGCAGCGCCUCCCGCUCAGAGUGCGCUCCGCCAGCCGACAAAGCCGGCCACUGGGAUCCCGAACCCGUUCGGAGCUCCGAGCAACCCCUUCGGUGCGCCCGCUCCCCCGACCAGCAGUCUGCCAGUUAGCGCCACGGGACCACCACAGCCUUCUGCUUCAGCAGGACAGCAGCAGCCGCAACCUCAAGCACAACAGCCUCAACAACCCCAACAUACACAGAAUCAGCCGCGAGGUAUCCCCGUGCCGGCUGGACGAGGCGGUGCUAGCGCUGGCCGGGGGGGAAGAGGCAUCUACCAGGCCGGACCGGGUCGCGGGGGUCAAGGACAGCGCGGACGUGGCGGUUUCAGCCGGGGAGGCGGUGCCGCCGGGAUGAAUCCUAACGCCGGGGAGUUUCACCCGCCCGGUGGUGGUGGUGCCGGCGGGGCAGGGAAUAAGAGGCCGCAUGAUGGUGGGCAGGAGAGCGCGCGGGGUGGAAAGAGGGCCAGGGGCGGCGGCGGGGGACAGCAGAAUGUCUAG